AUGACGCCCACGCGCGAUGCUGGCGUGCAAACGCCGGCUCCUUCAGCGGCGGCGGAGGGGCUAUGGGUGGUUGGAACGAGUUUGUUCGGCGCGCAACCCUCCGCAAGCCAGCAACCUGUGGUUGUGGGUCCCACUGACAUGAACCGCGUCUUGUUUGGCGAAGUCGCAGGGGAGGAGGAGGAGGAAGAAAAGCGGUGGCCAAUGGGAAGCGGCGGCGGCAACCAUGGUAGUAGAGGCAAAACCGCCCCGGUGCCGGCAGCCGCGGCAGAGGCACCGCCGGCGCGGCGUUUCAAUUUCGAAGAACAGCGAGAGAAAACUGAGAAGACGGCCGUGCCAGGGACGGCGCCCACAGACCCUGAUUUGGGCGAUACGGAAAGAAUGCCGCCAGGUACGCAGGCGCCGUCUGUUGCCAACUAUGCGAAGACACUCAAUUUGAUGCGUGAACGCGUUAAAUGCAUCCAGGCGUUGAUUCAUGAGAGUGGAGGGCAAGACGCCUGCCGCGGCGACGACCGCAGUGCCACCAGCGAGGGCAACAGCAAACACAGCCACAGCCAUGGCGGCCACGAAGUGAAGGACAAUCAUGGAGGAAGGUCGCGGCUCCACUCGUCGGGCGAAAUCCAACGCUCGCCCCGUUGCGGCAGCGGGGUGCAACCACAACAGCAACAAGGGCUUUGCUCGUCACCUCGUCUUUUUUGCUCCACAGCAGCGGAAGCAGCGCGUAGAGGAAGUAGACUGCUCUGCCUCCGCGCACCACGCACAGACCCCUCGCGACAAAACGCGCAGGACUGCUGGGGUAGGCGCCCAUAUGCACAGCGCCACCUCAAGGGAAGAGAAGAUGCACGGGGAUGA